UUUUUAACUAGUCUACAAGGCAUACUUGGUAGCAGAUCGGUCGUCAAGAUGCAAAGUCUUAAAGCACUUAAUGACCAUAUUUCCAAUUUUGAAUUCAGGGGCGCGGAAACGUUUCUGUCUGCAUAUCCCUACCCUCUGGCUAUUGGCUGUUUGUAUCUUUUAGUUGUUUACACUCUGAAACGCUUUAUGAAAGACCGCCAACGUAUACCCGUAAAGUCUAUUUCUUUAAUCCACAACUUCAAUAUGUUUGCCAUCUCUAUUAUAUGCCUGUGCGGCAUGACAAAGGCUGUUGUCGAUACCUUAUAUAAGCAUGGAAUUCGCGAUGGUUCAGAGAUCUUAUUUUGUGACAAGAAUCGGUUGCAGGCCAAAGGCCCGUUGAUGUUCUGGAUUUACGCGUUUUACCUAUCGAAAUUUUACGAAUUGUUCGAUACUGUUCUGAUUCUCCUUAGAAAGAGUAAUCUGGUCUUUUUGCACAUCUACCACCACUGGAUCACAAUGAUCCUGUGCAUAGUUUCCCUGAGGUCUGCUAUUCCCUACCAAUGGAGUGCCACCAUCAUGAACGCGCUAGUUCACAUUCCCAUGUACUAUUAUUACCUUUGCAGCAUCCUUAAUAUCAAUAUAUGGUGGAAACGUCUCAUCACGAUCUUCCAAAUUGCCCAGUUCUGCAUAGACAUUACAUUUUGCCUCAUUUCCCUUUACUGGCAGCACUACGUCGCGCUUCCGGCUGGACGGAGCUGCUCUUCUUGGGAGAUUCCGUGGGCUAACCCGUUUUCGCUUCUCGUCGUCUUUUCUUAUCUUCUCUUAUUCCUAGAAUUUUACUUUAGGACGUACAAGCGCAGAAAGAACGCUAAAAAGUUCGCCGCGGAAGCCUCUGAAGCGAGCUGCAAGAAGGACUGACAGGGGUGUUCGUCGAAAGCAGUUGCCAACGAUGCGCGUGUUUGUUUGGUGGUUUUGAUUUUGUGUAGCGGUGCAUCCUAUACAUAUAUAGAUAAGCAUUAUGGCAAUGUCGUUUCCAUUUUGAGACAAUAAAUCAAAUAGGGGUUCGGUGAGGUA